AUGUCAGCCAGCUACUGGGACUCGACACAGAGGCGCCACUGGCUCUUUUCCAAGGACCAGCUGGCGUCGAUGCGACAGAAGCUCGAAGAUGAGAAUUCCGACCUCGUGCGCAUGUUUCCUCUGCCUCAGACUAGGCAUCUAGCCAUAUACUUUAACCAGCAAAUGAUCCGGCUUAGCAAGAGGAUCCAGAUCCGUCAACAGUGCAUGGCCACGGCCCAAGUCUACCUGAAGCGUUUCUACUCGCGCGUCGAGAUCCGCCGAACGAACCCGUACCUAGUCAUCACGACGGCCGUAUACCUGGCAUGCAAGAUGGAGGAGGCGCCCCAGCACAUCCGGCUCAUCGUCACCGAGGCGCGCACUCUGUGGUCCGACUUCAUCAGCCUCGACACGUCGCGCAUCGGCGAGUGCGAGUUCUACCUCAUCAGCGAGAUGAACGCCCAGCUGCUCGUCCACCAGCCCUACCGCGUCGUCGCCUCCCUGCGCAUCGAGAUCCCCAUGAUGACCGAAGAGGACGCCGCCCUGGCCCGCUCCGUCAUCAACGACUCGUACAUGACCGACCUGCCUCUCUUCUGCGCACCCCACACCAUUGCCCUAGCCGCCAUCCUCCUCUCUCUCGUCCUGAGGCCCAAUUCGUCGUCUUCGGCUGGCCUUGGCGGUCUUGCAGGCAACAAUUCGCCCGCUGCCGGACUCGCUGCUGCCCAAGCUGCCCUCAGUCAGGCGCAGGCCCGCGCGGGAGGUCAGCAUAUCCAGCACCCGCACCAUCAACAGCAGCACCACCACCACCAUGCUCCUUCUACGCCCGGGGGCGGUCCCUUCGAACUGAAACGGAGACCGGAGGAUUCCAGAAUCACUCGGGUGCAGCAUUUUGCCGCAUGGCUGGCCGAGAGCAGCGUCGAUAUCGCCGCCAUGGUGGACGCUACGCAGGAAAUCAUAUCAUUUUACGAGUGCUAUGAGCAGUACAAUGAGAAAUUGACCAAGGAGCAGAUCAACAGAUUUGUCAAGGCACGCGGUCUAGACAAGUAA